AUGCAGACAGACCCGCCUGCUACGACGACGACGUACUAUGCCGGCUAUGGCUACCAUCAGCCCUUCAUGCCCUACAAGAUCGCGUCACCCUGCGCGACCCAGGCGAUGGCCGUCUCGCCUCCGCGGAGUGUCUCUUACCCCGGACCGACGUUCGCUUCACCCAAGACGGACAGGAAGAGACGCACCUCAGAUCGUAGAACACUCUCCCCUUCGCCUUCGCUGUCAGACAGAAUGGACUUCUCCGUCUAUCCUGACCGCUCGCCUCGGUCGCCCUCGCCUUCGCCCAAGCUGGGACCUACCAAGCGUGCCAGAACAGGCAGACCAUUGUCGCCGAUCCAGCCGAUCAUGGAGAUGUCGGAAGAUACCCACGCACCUGCAGCUUACAGGCAAAUCUACGCGACGCAGAAGCAAGAGGCGUUCGCGGAGCAGCCUAGCUACUUCCAAACAUUCGCAAUGACGCCAGACGGCAUGCCCCUCUGUCAUUCCUGUCAGCGCCAGCCUGCCGUCACGCCUGGUGCGUCGACGCUCCAGCCUAGCGUCUGUCAAUCUUGCCAGCGUCCCACUUGCCUCAUCUGUCGCCGCAUCUGUGGCGAUCUCGAGCCCGGCGUAGAUCCGAUCGCAAAAGCGCGUCACAUGCUCUCAAAGCCAGAGCCAGCUAAUCCCGCCUCGCCUGGUAUACCGGGCAUGCGCGCUCUUGGUCAAGGCGAUGGCUUCGGAAUUGGCGCAAUGGACGAGGACGAUGAUGAUGAAGAAGAAGACUCGUGUUGCAUGAUCAAUCCGAACGAGUACCGCAAUAGAGACCGCCCAGCUCGUCGAGGUUGUGGACGGUCUAUCUGCCGCCAUUGCACCGGCGAAGCGGAUGGCUACCAUCUCAAACAUCUCUGCGGAGGUUGCCGUGUUGGUCUGUGA